UAGCUGCAGCGCACGUGACCAGUCCCCCAAAGGGGGUCCCUCGAGCUCCGCCGUUAGUUGCCAUGGAGACGUGGCUCGCUGCCUGCUUCGCCCUGGUGCUGCUGAGCCUGACCGGGAGGGCGCGAACGGCUUAUGGAACCCCCCAGGCUGACUUUGAAGAGAAAUAUUUUGAGCAGUGGCUGGAUCACUUCAAUUUUGAAACCUAUGGCAACAAAACCUUUCCACAGAGAUACCUCAUCACAGAUAAAUUCUGGAAAAAGGGAGUGGGCCCCAUCUUUUUCUACACGGGGAAUGAAGGAGACAUCUGGGACUUUGCCCAGAAUAGCGGCUUCAUCCUGGAGUUGGCAGAGCUGCAGAAUGCCUUGGUGGUCUUUGCAGAGCACCGAUAUUAUGGGAAGUCACUUCCAUUUGGGGCAGUCUCUCUACAACAAGAAUAUAUUGGUCUGUUGAGCAUCGAGCAAGCUCUUGCCGACUAUGCAGUGCUCAUUAUGGAGCUAAAGAAGCAGUAUGGAGCAAGGAACUCUCCUGUUAUUUCUUUUGGAGGCAGUUAUGGAGGGAUGCUAAGUGCAUACAUGAGAAUGAAAUAUCCCCACAUCGUGGUUGGGGCACUUGCUGCCAGUGCCCCUGUACUAUCUGUGGCCGGGAUUGGAGACUCCAACCAGUUCUUCAGGGAUGUCACAGUGGAUUUUCAGAACUACAGUCCAUAUUGUGUCAAAGCUGUGCAAGAAGCAUUCUGGCAAAUCAAAGACUUGUAUUUAGCUGGAGCAUAUGAGAUAAUCGGCAGUAAGAUGUCCAUUUGUGAGAAGCUUUCUUCUAAGGAAGAUGUCUAUCAGCUGUUUGAAUUUGUCCGGAAUGCCUUCACCAUGAUAGCUAUGAUGGACUACCCUUACAAGACUGACUUCAUGGGCCACUUGCCAGCAAAUCCAGUCAAGGUUGGCUGUGAACUGAUUCUGGCAAACCAGGACCGACUCAGAGGCUUAGCAGCAAUUAGUGGAGUCUUCUACAACUCAACUGGGCAGGUUCCAUGUUUUGACAUUUAUAGACUGUACCAGAAAUGUGCAGAUCCAACUGGCUGUGGGACAGGCUCUGACUCCAAAGCGUGGGACUAUCAGGCCUGUACAGAGAUCAACUUAACAUUUGACAGCAACAAUAUGACUGACAUGUUCCCAGAGAUUCCCUUCACUGACACUGCCAGAGAACAGUAUUGCUUCAGCAAGUGGGGUGUGCGCCCCCGACCACUGUGGCUACAGACUCAUUUUGGGGGCAGUGAUCUGGCUGCUGCAAGCAACAUCAUCUUUUCAAAUGGAGACUUGGAUCCCUGGGCAGGUGGUGGGAUCAGAAAGAACCUGAGUGUGACACUGAUUGCCAUAACUGUUAAGGGAGGUGCCCAUCAUCUGGACCUCAGGGCAUCCAAUCCAGCCGACCCUCCAUCUGCCAGAGAAGCUCGCAGCCAGGAAGCAAACAUCAUCCGCAACUGGGUGAAACUGGCAGUGGAAAGCACCGAUUCUUGAAAGAACCAGCACCUAGACAAUCUUCAUCUGGAGCAAUCACUGCACUAUUCUGGUGCUGAAGCCAGUUAAAAACUCAUUCACUAGAGAAACGAGCAUUCAUGUGUCUUUUGGAGGCAGUGACACUUCUGUGUUCUAUGUUUGUGACAGCAAGAAUAACUGUCCAAAUUC